CGGGUCACCAGGCAUCAAGUCAUUUGGCUCGACAGCGAGCACCGCGUCAUCUGGCAAGGCAGUGGGCUCCGAGUCAACUGGCAUGACAGUGGGCACCGGGUCAUCAGGUACCGGAUUGUCUGGCUCGACAGCGGGCAUCGGGUCACCAGGUAUGACAGCGGGCACUGGGUCACCAGGCAUCAGGUCAUUUGGCUUGCCAGCGGGCACCACGUCAUCUGGCAAGGCAGUGGGCACCGGGUCACCAGGCAUUGGAUCGUCUGGCUCGACAGCGGGCAUCGGGUCACCAGGCAUCAGGUCAUUUGGCUCGCCAGCGGGCACCGCGUCAUCUGGCAAGGCAGUGGGCACCGAGUCACCAGGUACGACAGCGGGCUCUGAGUCAAUUGGCACGACAGCGGGCACCGGAUCAGGUACCGGAUCAUCUGGAUCAACAGCGGGCAUCGAGUCAACUGGC